AAAGUUGCUUUUGAAGAGAAAACUUCAACAGAAAAAUAAAUCAAUUGAAAUGAUGUUUAAGAAAAUAGGAAAAAUAUCUCUUCUCUGUUUAUUCUUCCUCUUGGCCAUUGAGGCUAGAACAACAUACAAGUAUGCAGAUCUUCCUGAAGAAUUUAUAAUUGGAGGACAUCCUCCGAAUAUUGAUUUGGAACAUGUAGCCCUGAUUGUUAGUCUCCUAGACACCCCUACGGAGUAUGGAUGGCUCUUUACGGGAACCCUUAUUACCCCUCAGCACAUUCUAACUGUAGCACAAGCGACUACAGGUUUCUAUCGCUGGAAAGUUGGUCUUGGCAAUAUAAAUCGUCUCAUGAUGACUUUUUAUACUGCAGCCAGUGCUACAAUCCAUCCAAAUUUCAAUCCUGUCAAUUUAAAUAACAAUCUAGCCAUACUUCUACUUACCCAAUCUAUCCCAGAAGCUAUAGCAACUCCCGUCCAGCUACCACCUGAUAACCUAGCUCCAGCCUCAGCAUAUCUUUACUAUGGCUUUGGCACAACAGAUCCCACUUCUGCAGACAAUCUACCCAAUGUCCUGCAGCAGGCAGUGGCUGUGGAAUUGCCAUUAAAUGAAUGUCGACAGGUCUACGGAAAUCAAUUGAUCACAGAUGCCACCUGGUGCAGUCGACCAGCCAUCAAUGACGGUCUUUGCUAUGGAGAUCAAGGUGGUCCCCUAGUUCAUUUCCUAGACCACUAUCUUGUUGCGAUAGCUAGCUUUUGGAUGCCUCCUUGUAACAGUAAUCAUCCCAAUGUCUUUGUACGCAUCUCACACUAUCGCCAGUGGAUCAAUGAAACCGUGGGCUGGCCAAUAGAGGUAUAAAUAUUUAAGCAUUCUGAGAACAAAGCAUUGAAAAAAAAAUCUAGUCGAAAAAAGGCUUUUAGACGAGUUCUUGUAUUUUAAGAGAACUCUAACAAAAUUUUAUUUUGGACCUUAUCCAUUUGGAAAUUGCUUAAGUGAAACGUGAAAUGUACCAUCUUUUGUAAAUUGUGUAAAUAAACUUGUUUUUUAGACCAAA